UAUUGCUAGAGCAAAUACGUGUGUGUGUGUUGUGCGUGCAGAAAUUAGCAGAUUGCUUAGGAGCCGAAGGUUCAGAUCCGGCUGAUCUUUGCCUAUGCGCUGAUGAGCUGUCCAGUCCCGAAAAACCGUGGGAAGUAAAGGAUGUGCUCACCAGUCUCCAAAACUGGUGGCAGCAGCGAAUGGCGAAGGAAGGCAACGACAGUGCCAUGACAGAACAAUCCUACUUGACUUUGGUGGCGAGAAGAAAUAAAUAUUGGUGGCAUGCUUCAGAUUUUGUGGUCCACCUUCAACUGUUGUCGUUCCUUGUCUGAACAAGCCACGUAUUUCUCUCAAGACGCUGAAGGACGCCGUCGUUACAACAAGUUUGUUUUGCGAUGAACUCCUUUUGUAUCCAGAACAGUUGUCCAUCUACAAGGAUAUGGCUCCACUCCUCUUCCUCACUGGACCCCCAGGGACGGGAAAGACGCUGCUUGUGCAGCUGAUGGCCAGGCGAUGGUUGAAGGAUGGCAAGGCUGUCCACAUCGUCAGCACGGGGUCCGACAGUCGCUUGAUCACCAAGAAGCUCAGCUGUCUUUUGAAAGAAGACGAGGAUUGCAAUGUUCAUACGCAUUUCUUCAACUUCACCAGAAAGGUGGACCAAGAGGUAGAGGCAGCUGUGUCUGAAUUGAGCAGUAGAGCUUCGGAGAGUCCAGGGAAUGAACUCUUUGUCAUCGCUGACGAAGCUGGUCCAACAGGACACGUGUUCGGAUCAUUCUGCGAAAAUCUGCACGCGAGAGUACCGAAAUUGCACCUGUGGGCUGCCAACUGUUUGAAAAACAUUGCGCCUACAAAGUGGUCGACCAAAGUCUUGACAAAGCUCCUACGAUCUCCACCAACUGUUCAGAGAGAGAUAGAAGAGGCGGAAGAGUUUAACGAGGGGGAAGUGGAUAAAUACGACGACCAGCAUUCGUUUCCUCAUCACACUGACGGAGUAAAGGUCCAGACGUUUUUUCACAGCGAAGAACAUGAUGAAGAAUUUCUGCAAGACUGUUUACAGUGCGGGAAAAUAUUGGCCGAGUUUCUUACGGAAGACCUUCGAGUGGGCAAAAACGCGCCAUCGAGGAAGAAAGAUCAGAUGACAUCGAAGUCGCGCAAAAUCGAAGAGCGUCAGAUUCAAUACAAAGAUGUCGUGGUGCUGUACGGUGACGAUCCUCCUCUCGGCCUGCUGAAGGGCAUGAACGACAAUGGCAUUCCCGUGAAGAAAAUGGAAUCUGAAAGUGAUGAGGACGCCGUGGCCUGCCGCGCCGACAAGGACACCGACCCCGACAGCGACGUGGUGUGGGCGCUCGAUGGCGAUAGGACCUACAGCCUGGAGUGGCGCGUGGUCAUCUGCGUGGGCGGUCACGAGGCCCGCGAUGAGGAUGGCCGGCCGGCUGGACUUGCCAUGCACGACAGGCUCCACCGAGCUUCGCGAUGUACGUCACAGCUCGCCUUCCUCGUCCCCUCACCUUAAGCCUCGUCUUGAUGAACGUGGACGCCAAUUUUUCUCCGUUGGUCCAGGGUCAUCCACCUGCUGCUCAAGAGCUGGUGGUCUUUGCUGCCAAACUUGUCUACUUCUGUACACCAGGAAAGUAUGACGACCAUUCAAAACAUUUCCGUGACUCUCCGGAGACUAACACGGGGCCAGUUCCCACUAGAAUCUUUUGAUAUUUGUAAACAUUGGUGUGUGGUUUUAAUUAAGCUUUUUUUUUAAAAAAGUAAAUAAAGACCCAUUUACUUCC